AAAUAAAUGAUGAGUAAAGCUGCAGCUCUUCCAGUACGCAGCGAUCCAGUAAGGACAGCACACACAGAGCAGACAGACGGUCUACCUGGAUGUCAUGGAUCAACUGUUGGUGCUGCUGCUGCUGCUGUGGAGCUCAGGACUCCAGGCUGAAGAAAACCACACCUCAACAGAGUCCGUCAGGUUGGUGGGAGGAGACGGUCGCUGUGCAGGAACACUGGAGGUGAAACAUCAGGGAGACUGGAGACCAGUGAGUGGCUAUUACUGGACCCUGAAGGACGCAGCUGUUGCCUGCAGAGAGCUGGACUGUGGCUCUGCUGUUUCUGUCAAACAGAAAGAGGAGUCCUCAUACAGAUCUGUGUGGUGGAUCAUGUCAAACUGUGUUCAUUCUAGAUCUGCUCUGAGGAAGUGUGCAACAUCAGAUACUUCUUCCGCCAUCCUGGAUCUCACCUGCUCAGACUCUGUCAGGCUGGUGAAUGGGACUAGUCUGUGCUCAGGCAGACUGGAGGUGAAGUCUAACCAGUCUAACCAGUCUAACCAGGGGUGGUCCUCAGUGUGUGAAGCUGACUUUGACCAGCAGGAUGCAGAGGUAGUCUGUAGGGAGCUUGGCUGUGGGGCUCCUUCAGUCCUCCAGGGGGCGCUCUAUGGAGAAGUGGAGGAUCCAAUGUGGACCAAAGAGUUCCAGUGUGGAGGCAAUGAGUCUGCUCUCCUGGACUGUAGAAGCUCAGACUCAGAUAGAAACAUCUGCUCACCUGGCAAAGCUGUUGGACUCACCUGCUCAGAGUCCGUCAGGUUGGUGGGAGGAGACAGUCGCUGCGCAGGAACACUGGAGGUGAAACAUCAGGGAGACUGGAGACCAGUGAGUGGCUAUUACUCAACUCUGAAGGAAGCAGCUGUUGCCUGCAGAGAGCUGGACUGUGGCUCUGCUGUUUCUGUAGGAGAGAGAAUAGAGUCCUCAUACAGAUCUGUGUGGGGGAUCAUGUCUGACUGUGUUCAGUCUGGAUCUUCUCUGAGGGACUGUGCAACAUCAGCUUCCUCUGAUUGCACCCUGGAUCUCACCUGCUCAGACUCUGUCAGGCUGGUGAAUGGGACUAAUCUGUGCUCAGGCAGACUGGAGGUGAAGUCUAACCAGUUGGUGGGAGGAGAUAGUCGCUGUGCAGGUACACUGGAGGUGAAAUAUCAGGGAGACUGGAGACCAGUGAGGGACGGUAUCUCUGCCUGGACCCUCAAGGAAGCAGCUGUUGCCUGCAGACACUUGGACUGUGGCCCUGCUGUUUCUGUAGGACGGAGAAAUGAGUCCUCACUUAGAUCUGUGUGGUGGAUCAGGUCUGACUGUGUUCAGUCUGGAUCUUCUCUGAGGGACUGUGCAACAUCAGAUUCCUCUCUCUACAUCCUGGAUCUCACCUGCUCAGUCCCGCCCAUGAGAGAUGCGAGCUGA